CAGCAGAUCACCGAUCAACGAAAAGAGCCGAAGAUGUCGGCUCGGUCAUGUGAUCAGCUGUGUCUUAUCACAGCUGAUCCCACUGAUCAUCAGGGCACUGAUGAUCAGUGUGCCCUGAUGAUCAGUGUAGCCCCAGCAGUGCCAGCUGUCAGUGUCCAUCAAUGCCACCUGCAAGUGCCCAUCAGAGCCACAUCAAUGCCACAUAUCUGUGCCUACUAGUGCUCAUCAAUGCCACAUAUCAGUGCCCAUCUGAGCUGCCUUUCAGUGCCACCUAUCAAUGCUGCCAAUCAGUGCCGCCUAACAGUGUCCAUCAGUGCCAUAUAUGAGUACUGCCUUUCAGUG